CUUUCAAACACAAUUAGGAACGAAACCUGUGUGAUUUAUCUUGAGAAGAAGCAUUUUUUUCAGUGUUCAUGUGAAUAUCAUUCAUUUUAUUAAUUGGGAAUUUUACUUAAACUUGAGGAUAACUAUACAUUUUUGAGGAAAAUACAUAACACUAAUUAAUAAUGGAAUAACUACAUUUCGAUCAAUACUAUUGCCCAAAUUUCCCAGUUAAUUCCAUUGAAUUGACUGAAAUAAACUGAUUAAUAAAAAUAGCACAAUUUAAAAAUUUCUCAACAUGGAUUUAUACGUUUUCAUGUGCAUGGAAAGGUAUAAGAAUGAAAGUGAUUAUUUUAAAAGUAAGAAUAUACUAUACUGUCAAGCAACAGUGAAUUCAAUUCAUCAGUGUUGGCCACCUACCUUAGCUGGGCAUAUUGCAAAACUACCUUGUCCAGCCAAUAUCACUGGUGUACGUUAUGAUAAAAAUGGAGACUCCUUUCGUGAAUGUCUAUCAAACGGAAGUUGGGCUGAGAAAGCCGAUUAUUCAAAUUGUACUGUCAUAAAUCCGUCGAUUCAUAAGUACUCAGUCCUUCUAUGCUUUGUCAUUGGUUACAUUAUCUCAAUGAUUAGUGUAACAAGUGGAAUAUCUAUUCUGCAGUAUUUUCGAUCUCUACGUUGUGUACGCAAUAAUAUUCAUACACACUUAAUGAUUGCUAUUCUACUGCGUGCUGUUUCAUGGAUAUGCUUGGCUAUACUGAAUACAACAACCUUGUGGAAUUCUCUGGCUAUCAGUAAUAUACUCAUAUGUAUUUUAGCCUUUGGAAUGAUUGCUGUUUAUAGUUGGAUGCUUAUUGAAGGCGUUCAUCUACUGAAUAUAUUAUUUUUAACAUUUAUUGUAAGGCGAUUCCGAUUUUCAUGUUAUAGUACAAUUGGUUGGGGGAUUCCAGCCGUCUUGACAUCUUCAUGGGCAAUUGCAAAAUCAGUGACAUUGGGCAAUACACGAUUAUGGAGAGAACCAAAUACAUCUGAUCCUGAAGGUAUCCUCGUUGUUACAGCAAUUUUAAUCACACUUGCAAUUAAUUUCCUCAUUAUGUUCAUAACAAUAUUUAUGCUUCUAACAAAACUUCGAGGUCAACCAAGUGGAACAAAAAAUCGUAAUCGAGCACCGAGUAGUUAUAAAACCAAUGAGUGUAGACUGCCGCGUAGUACAUGCCCCCCAGCAUUUUCAUCAUCAGAUAAUCAAAGUAUAACGAGUAAAGCCGCAAUAGCGAUGACGGCCACUAUAACAACAACAACGACACUACCGUCUACACCAGUGGUGAAAUUGACAAAUUCUUCUUCUUCCAAAGAAACACCAUUACUGAAUGAAAUUAUCCAAGAUGGAAAGGGUAGAAAUAAUGCCGAGAAUACUGAUAACUACGACUCUAAAUGUCAACAACUGAUUAAUAGAGUCGAUAAGUCGGAUAAUAAUAUCAUGGGUAAUACUACUUAUAAUAAUAAUAAUGAUAUUGAUAUACGUGAAGAAAUCCAAUCAGCAUUAAACGAAAUUGAGCCAGAAAUAGAUUCAUCAGCGACAACUGUCACAAUAGAAGGACAAAGGACAAAAUACUUAAAACCUUCGCUGAAACGAUCUACACGAUCAGCUUGCGGGACAACUGGUUGUAUUACCCCACCAAAUCCAAGUAUCUCUGAAGCUCAUCCGAAUAAAGCGCAUAUAACAAUUAUAACAGGGGAUAAAACAAAGAUGUCGAAUCAACAUGUUCCAAAAAUUAGUAUAAAUAAUAAUAGUACUAGUUGUGAUUUUGACAGUAUAAAAUUCAGUGGAAAUUCUUCUUCUCUCCAACGCGCACGAGGUGAUAAAUACUUACAACGUAAAAGUAUGGAAACUAACUUGGCAUCGUCUACCUCUUCGUUAAGUGUCAAAGAAUUACGAAAAGCAAUAAAAGCGAUAAUAUUUUUAAUGCCGCUAUUGGGCUACUCUCAACUCAUAUUUUUAAUACCAUAUCAAAGAGAUUUAGAUCCUAUAUUCGAUUAUAUCAAUGCUAUUAUGCUUUCUACUCAGGGUUUCUGGGUUGCUUUAAUCUACUGUUUCUUGAACUCAGAAGUUCAACGUGUUCUACGCACACGAUGGCGUGUGUUAUGCUCUAAGCUAAAAAAUCAACCUUCUGAACGUACACGACAAAAACAAUCACUUACUACAGUUGGCUCUGGUAUUGGUGUUGGCGUUGGCGUUCUUACAUCACAAAAUAACUUUGAAACAGAAUAUCAAAUGAAUUAACAUGGAAAAUGAACGGACACACUCGCCACACACACACACGCACAAACACACACACAAGCUCUACUGACUGAUGCAAUGGGAUAGUACCAAAGGCAGUUACCAUUGUAUAUUUUAAUUUAAUGAACCAGUUUUUUUUCUGCAUUCUAUGAAGAAAUUACUUAAAUGAAAUGAGAUUCUCUUCACUUGGUCGACUAUUUGUCUUUACCCCUCACUAUCCAUCCGUUUUUAUGAAACUUAUCAUAUAUUCAGGUCAGUUAUAUACAUACUUACGACCGAAUACUUAUCAUUUACAUAUACUCAAAAUUAAUCAGGAUGGUGAUAAUGAUGGUGAUGAUGAUUAUAGUAAUUUUAAGGCAACAAAAGAAACUAUUUAUUUUUUCUUCUGUAAAGAUUUCAGUCUGUGUUAAUUUCAUUCUUAAAAGAAAUACAAAAAGGGGAGAUGAUUAAAAGUUGUUAAGGG